ACACAGCGUGUCCGACGGCGAGCGAGCGACAAGAACUUAUUCAACUUAUUCAGGACGUGACGUAGUUAACAUCCUGCACGGGUAUCCUGGUACACGGCAGUACCCCUCCGACGACUCAUUCCUGCUCCUAAAAAAAACUCCACACCCAGACGACCGCAGCCACAAGAACGCCCACCCCUCCACCAACAGAAGACACCAACAAUGAGGGCAGCAAGGAGCUCCCAAACGGGAACGGAGAGGGAGAGUGAGAGGUGCCUCAUCAUGGGAAUGGGCCUGAAUCUGAGGCAGGGGCACAGGUGGCUUGUAUGGCUGCUGCUCCUGCUUUUGGCCAUUCCCCCGCAGAUGGUAGACGGCCGUUACCUGCCCACAAGGUCGCACGGCGACGAUUUGGACAAGUUGCGUGAACUGAUGCUGCAGAUCUUGGAGUUGAGCAAUGAGGACCCACAGCAGCAGCAGCAGCAACAGCAGCAGCAGACGAUGCCCCAACAACACCCACUUUUGCGUCUGCACAAUGAGGCCAACAGCGGCAGCAGCAGCACGGCUGGUGGCAGCAGCAACGGCAACAAUCCACGCGUAUCCAACGGCAACUCGAAUGCCGCCUGGCUCCAAAAACUAAGCGCCAUGGGUGCCCUGGACGAGCUGGGCGGAGAUGCCCCCCGUAUGGGACCCAACUAUGGACGCUAUUAGAGGGGAAUCUCAACAAGCACCUGACGACCUGACGACCACACGACACCACGACGACAAUGGAAUGGGUCUACCGGGGGGAGAAUGUGGGGGGAAAUGUUUUUGUGAAUGAAACAGUUUUUGAAUGGCAGAAGAAUGGCAGAAAGGGGAGUCCGUGGGGCAGAGCACACUGUACAUAGAAGUGGAUGACGGCAGAGCACAUCGUGUACAGAGAAGGAGAUGGGGCAGGGAAGUACUACAGAAGAGGGCAGAGCUUAAGAGGAAAUGGUCAAGGGAUUACAGACCCCAUGGCAACCCAAAAAAGGAAAUGUGUGAAAAUCUGUGAAAAUGCAUGAAAAUGGGCAACUAAAUGGAGUUAGGGAAACCCUUCAGAACCACUUGCUAAUACUUGCAAGUAUAUUUAAGCCCUUAUGAACCAUUUGAAUGGCUUUUGAGACAUUUUCAACCAUUUUAUGCUAGUUUGCACCUUUUUUAAGGACCACUUUCCGGGUACUUUAAAUCUUUCUGAAGUAUUUUCACCAUUUUCAACCUUUUUCAAACGUUUUUCACAAUUCUAAAAAGCUUUGAGGAUCUGUGAAGUAUACUUUUAACAUUUAAACAUUCUGAAAGGUGAUUUAA